AUGUCGCUUGGCUCAAUGACAAUGGGUCCAGACGUCGAGGCAACCGGUGGUGAACAUGCGUUUCUCAUGAACGAGACAGUCCAUUCCUUUGCUUGGAAAGGCGUGGCUGUCACAGUUAAGGACCGCGAAACAAAGAAACAAAAGGCUAUCCUUGAAAACUCGAACGGCCAUGUCAACCCAGGAGAGGUCAUGGUCCUAAUGGGCCCUUCGGGUAGUGGGAAAACUACCUUAUUGAACGUACUCGCCCAUCGUCAGUCUGCCCCCGGUGCUGAAAUAGAGGGAGACAUUCUCGUCAAUGGACAAAAUAUCGACCUCGAGAUAUUUAGGAACAUCAGUUCCUACGUCGAGCAGGAAGAUGUUCUGGUGGGAGCCUUGACAGUGGAGGAGACACUAUAUUUUGCCGCUCAGCUCUCCCUUCCCAGCUCCAUCCCUAAAAAACAACGCUUGCAACGUAUUUCCACUCUCCUCAAUUCAUUCGGAAUACAAAACCAGGCCAAAACCUUGAUUGGGACCCCGAUUCGCAAAGGCAUCAGCGGCGGCCAGAAACGCCGUGUGAGCGUGGCUAGCCAGCUGAUUACAUGCCCUAAAAUAAUAUUCCUUGAUGAACCGACUAGCGGCCUGGACUCCACAGCCAGUUUUGAAGUGAUGUCUUUUGUAAAGAAACUUGCGCAGAAUAAUAAACUCAUCGUGAUCGCGAGCGUUCACCAACCGUCUACUGCAACCUUUGAGACCUUUGACAAGCUCAUGAUUCUAUCCGCAGGCCGCACCUGUUACUUUGGACCCAGCUCCGAAAUGAAACCCUACCUCGACAGGACUGGAUAUCGCAUGCCGCUCCAGAUGAACCCCGCAGAAUUCGUCCUCGACCUAGUCAACACCGAUUUCGCAAGCGACCAGGAAUUCGCGGACGAGCAACUCUCCAAGAUUUUCACUAAUUGGGAAAAUUCAGACGAGGCCUCGGCGCUUGAUGCGGAGGUUGAAAAGGUCGCAAGCCAAGCUGAGAAGCAUGAGAUUUGCGCCUCAUCCGUAAGAGGUGCCAGCGCCGUUGGUACCGUCUUUACUCUACUCCAUAGGUCCUUUGUUAAGAGUUAUCGCGAUGUAUUCGCAUAUGGCGUUCGAAUCAUCAUGUAUCUCGGGUUGGCGAUUCUGGUCGGCACGGUCUGGCUCCGGCUGGGUUCCGGCCAAGAAAAUAUCCAGCCGUUUAUCAACGCAGUGUUCUUCUCAUCUGCAUUUAUAUCCUUCAUGGCCGUCGCUUACGUCCCUGCAUUCCUCGAGGACCGCGCGAUUUUUAUCAAAGAAAGGGCCAAUGGAUUAUACGGACCCUUAUCAUUCGUCAUCUCCAAUUUCAUAAUUGGCAUUCCAUUCCUAUUCGUCAUAACAAUCCUCUUCGCCGUCGUCUCCUUCUGGCUCGUAAACUACCACAACACCGCAACAGGCUUCUUCACCUUCGUCAUGUGGCUCUUCCUCGACCUCCUCGCCGCCGAAUCCCUCGUCGUCCUCAUCUCCUCCCUCUUCCCCAACUUCGUCAUCUCCCUCGCCCUAACUGCCUUCGCCAACGGCGUCUGGAUGUGCGUUGGCGGCUUCAUGGUCUCUCCUACCGUCCUCAACGUCUUCUGGCGCUACGUCUUUCACUACAUCGACUACCAGGCCUACGUCUUCCAGGGCCUGAUGGUUAACGAGUUUGCCGACAGGACUUUUGAUUGUGGGGCCAAUUGCCAGUGUAUGUAUGCCAGCGAGCUGGCGUCUGAGUGUAAGAUCGCUGGGACAGGGGUGCUGAGUGCUUAUGGGUAUGCGACGGGGAGGACUGGGAAGUGGGUGGGCAUUCUACUGGCUAUCACCGCGGUCUACAGAUUCUUUGGAUGGGGCGUUUUGUACCUGAGAAAGAGGUAG